UUCUCCUCUUCCUCGCUGCAGCCAUGCUCUCCGCUCUGCUGUCCUCCGCUCCCUCACCCCUCUUCCUCUUCCUCCUCAUCAUCCUGGUUCUGCUGGUUCUGUUCUCCCGUCGGUUCGGUCGGGAAGCUAAACGUCAGAACCCACCUGGCCCGGUCCGGGGGCCCGUCCCCUGCCUGCCUCGCCUCCCGGUCCUGGGCAGCCUCCCCUGGCUGGGCGGAGGCCUUCCUCCUCACCUGCUCUUCACCCAGCUGACCUACAGGUAUGGGCCUCUGUUUGCGCUCUACCUCGGCCCUCACUACACCCUGGUGGUGAACAGCCAUCAACACGCCAGAGAGGUGCUGCUGCAGAGGGGCAAGGACUUCGCUGGACGUCCUGACAUGGUCACCACCAACCUGCUGACCCGGGGAGGAAAAGACAUCGCCUUCUCAGACUACUCUCCUCUGUGGAGGUUUCACCGCCGCCUCGUCCACAACUCCUUCACCCUGUUCGGAGAGGGAACCGGCCGGCUGCAGGACAUCGUUUUGUCUGCAGUGGACGGUCUCUGCGUGGAGCUGCUGUCUCACGGGUCGCGGGGCUUCGACCCGUCUGCCGCCAUCACCAGGGCCGUCACCAACGUGGUCUGCACCCUGGUGUUCAGCAGCUCCUACGGCCCCGGAGACCCAGAGCUGCAAGAGGUGAUCGGCUACAACAACGGCAUCGUGGAGACGAUCGCCAGGGGCGGGCUGGUGGACAUCUACCCCUGGAUGAAGGUGUUUCCUAACAGGUCUCUCAGUAAACUGAAGGAGUGCAUCACCGUCAGGGACCGACUGCUGACCCGGAAACUGGAGGAGCACAAGGCGGCACUGGGUGACGGUGACCCCCGUGACCUCCUGGAGGCCUUGCUGAAGGGUCAGACGGGCAGUGGGCGGGGUCAGAGGUCACAUGGGUCAACAGAAGAGGGGAUAACAGACGACCACGUCCUGAUGACAGCGGCGGAGGCGUUUGGAGCCGGUGUGGAGACGACGUCCACGACUCUGCUGUGGAUCCUGGCCUACCUGCUGCACCACCCCGAGGUCCAGGAGCGCGUGCAGAGGGAGCUGGAUGACAACGUGGGCGGUGAUCGUGCGGUGAGUGUGUCGGACCGCAGCCGGCUGCCCUACCUGGACUGCGUCAUCAACGAGGGCAUGAGGAUCCGACCGGUCAGCCCGGUUCUGAUCCCGCACACCGCCAUGACCGACAGCAGCAUCGGCGGUCACGCCGUGCGCCGCGGGACUCGGGUUUUGGUCAACAUGUGGUCGAUUCACCACGACCCCCGGUUCUGGGACAAACCGGACCUGUUCAACCCAGGUCGUUUCCUUGACGACAAAGGUCAGCGCGCCACACCCACCUGCUUCCUGCCAUUUGGGGCGGGACCUCGGGUCUGUGUCGGCGAAUCGCUGGCCAGGCUGGAGCUUUUCCUCUUCCUGUCCUCUCUGCUCCAGCGAAUGAGCUUCAGGCUGCCAGACGGGGUUUCCCCGCCCAACUUGCAGGGGCGUCUGGGCGUGGUCUUACAGCUGCUGCCUUAUAAGGCGGUGGUUAGUCCACGCCCAGGCUGGGAGGGCGGGGCUAAAUGAAAAGGGGCGGAGCUUACAGCCAAUAAAACUACUUUCUAGUUACCCUUUACUGAAUAUAUGAAAAAGCAAAAUUACAACUUUUUCUCAUUGAUUUACUGACAUUGUUUAAUCAGAAUGAUCAGAUUUCUUUUUGAUAAAAAAUUACUUUG